AUGAGUCGAUACUAUUCGGAUUCGGAUGAUGCACAUUAUGUUCCUCGUCGACAAUCGGAUAAUAUACAUGCAUCUGGUUGGCAAUCACCAAUACCAACAACUGAUGUUAUACCUUCAUCUUCAUCAGUAACACGUAUUGUUGUUGAAUGUCCAUUUGGAUCAAAAAAAUGUGAUUAUGCAAUUGAUAAAUCCCAACGUGGUCGUUUAAUUGUUACUGCACGUCGUCGACAUAAAUUUAAAUCUGAUUAUCUUUCGUUAAAUAAUAAAAAUAAUAUAGCUAUUCAAACAUUUACAAUUCCAUACGAUGCUGAUAUUGAUCGUUUAAAAUCUUAUGUUGAACGAUAUACAAAUAGUUUAAUUAUUGAAAUUCCUCGUUCGUCUUCAUCAUAUAUAAAUACAAACCAUACAUCGACACAUUUAAUUCGUUCACCUGAUAUAUUAACAUCGUCAACAGGUGCUUCGCAAUUAAUAUAUGAUGAUAUUAAACCAAGUAGAAAAUCUUUUGGUAAUAAUCAAAAAUUGGAAUAUCUUAUUGAUUGUCAUGGUUAUACAGCUGAUGAACUUGAUGUAUUUAUUCAAGAUCAUGAUUUAAUUGUUCAAGGUAAAACUAAACGAACAAAAUUAGAAGAUCCAACACAAGAACGUAUAUCAAAAGAAUUUUCACGUAAAAUUUCAUUACCACAUACAGUUGAUUUAUCAAAAGUUAUAUCAUAUUUGGAAAAUGGUCAAUUACGAAUUGAAGCACCACUUAAACGUGAAUUUUAUUAUAGUGAUAAUGGAAUUCUUUCAUCUGGAUCACAAUUAACAACAGUACCAAAUAGAACAAUGAUUGAAUAUAAUCGAAUUCAAUCACCAAUAUCAACUAAUCCACAACAUCAUUAUCGACGACAUGAACAUGUAAGUCGUCGUCGAGAAUAUGAUGGUGGUGAUAUUCGUCGACCAUCAAGUCCAAUGCGAAGAGUAUAUUCAACUGAAAAUCUUAGUUAUCCACUUUAUAGUUCAUGGCGAGAUAUUGAUAAUGACGGUGAUGAUGAAGAUGAUUCAAGACAAAGUCGACAUCGACGAACAGUCAAUUAUGAAGGUUAUAUUAGUAAUCGAAAUGGUACAAAACAACGACCAAUAUAUAGAUCUACUUAUUUACCAACAAAUAAUGUUGUUAGAACUACGACAAAACAUCGUUAUUAUCCAAUGAAUGAAGAUGUGUAUUUUAGGUAUUAA